CUUUCAGAUAUAAAAUUUUCACUUUAACCUUGGAUUACCUGGGGUAUAAGUGGGUACAAGUGAAUUGUCAGGGAAGCCUGAUGAAGUACUUGAGGGUUACCUUACAAUGGACUGACAUCCCAUCCAGGGGGUAAUGGUAAUACUCCUUGUCACUUCACGCAAGGGAAACCAGGAUAAACUCUGGUGGCAUGGGUCACUCGGUUUGAGUACAAAUUUUACCUAUUGUGCCCUAGUUGAUAUAUUUCUUUAUUUUCAUAACUAGUCAGCAUUAUAAUGUAUUGGUAUUGUAUGGAGAAACUAUUUGUUUGUCACAGGAUUGAAAGGGUUAAGUGGACUGAAUUCAAACAAACAAUUUUGAUUUUAAAUUUUCGGUUUGCUUUCAUGCAGGAGUGACCAACCUUUACAUGGUGGAGACUGUGGACAGUGUGAAGCUCGCCAACUCUCUAAAUGCCUCCUGGGGAAAAUUAAACAAGCCCAAUUCUCUAAAUGUUAUGGUACAAGUUAAUACAAGCAAAGAAGAAAGUAAGAGUGGAUGCUUAAGUGAUCAUUGUGCAGAGCUUGUGGAACACAUUAUCACCCACUGUCCACACUUAGAGUUUUCAGGACUGAUGACCAUUGGGGAAAUGAAUCAUGACUGGAGUCAAGGUCCAAAUCCUGAUUUCAUUCGUUUGGUUGAUUGUCGUAAGAAUAUUUGUGAGAAACUAAGUCUUAGCCUUGAGGAUGUCGAAUUGAGUAUGGGAAUGUCAAAUGAUUUUGAGAAAGCGCUAAACAUGGUCAAGGAAAGAGGGUGCUGGCUUCAAGAGGUUCUGAAAUAUCUUUGA